CUCAAAAUUAAUGUCCAUUACUCAAUCAUGGUUACUGAGUUUACCGAAAUUACUGUGGGAAUUGAAAACGGGCUCGCUUGAGGCCACUGAGGAAAUACUUGCAAUCACUCUGGACAUUACAAAAGGAAGAGUAAAAGGAAUAGUCGAUGACGAGAUUUUGAAACAGUUACAAACCGCUUUAGUUCCAUUUCUUUUCGUCACGCUGCCUAACAAAGGUCCCGUGUUUGGCCCAUUCAUGUAUUUGCCGCAGGACAUCCAACGAACAACCAUAGAAAUCAUUUACUAUUUCCCAUUAUUAAAUGACAAGAUGAUGGUUGCAUUAGAACAAGUGUUAAAGAGAGAGGAGGUAAAUGAGCACGUCAAAAUAUAUGCCGCAAAUAUCCUCAAGAAAUUUCAUAAAAGCCAUGUACAUACUUGA